GCAUUGGGUUAUAUAAGAGCAAUCCUAGAAUGCAGAAUGAGGCAGAAUUAGAGGAUUGGGAAGAAGCAUAUAUUAUUGAUAUAAUAUAAGUAAUUAAGGUGUUGAUGAUGUCAGGAACAAGAGUGGUGUUAAUGAGGCUGCUGAGCCUGGUGGUGGUGGUAACAUUUGUUUGCACAAAAAGAGCAGAAGGUGCUCGCGCUUUCUUUGUGUUCGGAGACUCCCUGGUUGACAGUGGCAACAACGAUUACCUUCCAACCACCGCACGUGCGGACUCCCCUCCCUACGGCAUCGAUUAUCCCACCCAUCGCCCCACCGGUCGCUUCUCCAAUGGCUACAACCUCCCUGACCUUAUAAGCCAGCACAUUGGGUCUGAAUCCACCUUACCUUACUUGAGCCCUCAACUCAGCGGACAAAAGCUAUUAGUUGGGGCCAAUUUCGCUUCCGCAGGGAUUGGAAUCCUUAACGACACCGGCAUACAAUUUGUGGGGAUCUUGAGAAUGUUCCAGCAGUUUGCGCUGUUCGAGCAGUACCAGCAGCGGUUAAGUGCAGAGGUGGGUGCAGCGCAGGCAAAGAGACUCGUGAAUGGGGCACUCGUGCUCGUGACGCUCGGUGGUAACGACUUUGUUAACAACUAUUUUCUAACUCCUGUCUCUGCCAGGUCUCGCCAAUUCACUGUCCCUCAGUUCUGUCGCUACCUUAUCUCAGAGUAUCGAAACAUUCUUAUGAGAUUGUAUGAGUUGGGAGCUAGAAGGGUGCUUGUGACGGGAACUGGUCCAUUGGGCUGUGUUCCUUCUCAGCUUGCUACAAGGAGUAGAAAUGGAGAGUGUGUGCCUCAGUUACAAGAAGCUUCACAAAUUUUCAACCCACUUUUGGUCCAAAUGACCAGACAAAUCAACUCCCAAGUUGGCUCUGAAGUUUUCGUUGCUGUCAAUGCCUUCCAAAUGAACAUGAACUUCAUCACCGACCCUCAGAGAUUUGGUUUUGUUACAUCAAAGAUAGCAUGUUGCGGUCAAGGUCGUUUCAAUGGGUUGGGAACAUGCACCGCUGUGUCAAACCUUUGCCCAAACCGUGAUACUUACGCAUUUUGGGACGCUUAUCACCCAUCUCAACGUGCUUUGGGUUUCAUCGUGCGAGACAUCUUCAGUGGAACCUCUGACAUUAUGACCCCCAUGAACCUUAGCACCAUCAUGGCCAUUGACUCCAACAUCUAUUAAGAGACCUUAAUUUAGUUAUGUGAUUGUGAUUGUGAUUGUGGUUGAGGAGCAAAAGCUUCACUUCCAUUGUAAUUGUAUGUGCUGGAUGUGUGUUUUACUAUUAUUUGCCCUUGUUAAUUAAGCUUCCCUAUGUUAAGUCAUAGCAUAUAUAUACUACAUUAUGUAUUGUAUGUGCAUGUUCAAUAUCUCUUCUAGUAUGUCAGUGUAGUUUUAAUGGAAUGAAUGAGGGUUUAAUUUUAGCCA